AUGGCUGGACUGAAGCGUGCUGUUGACGGCAGCGAGGAGCGCAAUGGCAAGCGGAGCAAGACUAAGGAAGGCUCCGCAUCCAAGUCCAAGAGCGUGAAGUCAAGCUCUUCAUCAAAGAAGGACUCAAAGAAGGAUUCCAAAUCCAGCAAGAGCGACAAGAAGCCCUCGAAGAAGGUUCAGAAGGAAGAAUCCGAGGACGACGAUGACUUCGACAUUGACGACGUCUCGGACGAAGAUAUUGAUGCCCUUGACACCCUUUCAGACGAUGAGAUGCCCGAUGUGAGCGAGGAGGAGGAGAAGCCCAAGUCAGACGAGAAGUCGAAUGUGAACAACGGAGAGCAGAAAGAGGCCCCAAAGAACCCCAACUCCAACAACUCUCGCGAAUCUCACAUCAAGCAAAAAGCACUCCAGCAGGAGCGCAAGGCCGCGAAGCCCAAUGCCGAUACCGUCGCCCGCUCCAAGAAGUUGUGGGAGCAAUUGCGCCGCAAGUCCCAUGUGCCUCUAGAGCAGAGAAAGAAACUUGUUAAGGAGCUGUUUGAGAUCAUCACUAACCGUGUUCGGGACUUUGUGUUCAAGCACGACUCGGUGCGAGUCAUUCAGACUGCUCUCAAGUAUGGUAACCUCGAGCAGCGCAAGUUGAUUGCGCAUGAGUUGAAGGGCACUUACAAGGAGCUGGCGCAAAGUCGAUACGCCAAGUUCUUGGUUGGAAAGUUGAUUGUCCACGGAGAUGACGAGACCCGCGAUUUGAUCAUCCCAGAGUUCUACGGCCAUGUUAGACGUCUCAUUCGCCACCCCGAGGGCUCAUGGAUUCUUGACGAUAUCUACCGCACAGUUGCGACUAAGGCACAGAAGGCGAGACUCCUCCGCGAGUGGUACGGACCCGAGUUUGUCAUCUUCCAAGAUGAGAAUGACACCACUUCCGAUCUCACUAAGAUCAUUGAAGCCCACCCCGAGAAGCGUGGACCCAUCAUGAACUACUUGCGCGAGCUGAUUAACCAGCUGGUGCAGAAGAAGAGCACUGGUUUCACCAUGCUCCACGAUGCUAUGUUGCAAUAUUUCCUCAACACAAAACCCGGCAGCAACGAAGCCAACGAGUUCAUCGAGUUGCUCAAGGGCGAUGAAGAGGGUGACUUGGUCAAGAACUUGGCUUUCACCAAGUCUGGCUCCCGUUUGAUGUGUCUUACAUUCGCAUACUCCAACGCUAAGGACCGCAAGCUGCUUCUACGAUUCUACCGCGACACCAUCAAGGCCAUGGCUGGCGAUGUCUACGGCCACCAGGUUAUUCUUGCCGCGUACGAGGUCAUUGAUGACACUAAGCUUAGCUCCAAGUCCUUCUUCCCCGAGCUUUUGAACCAGAACGAUGACGCAGAGGCCCGCAACGAGGAACUCUGCUACCAGGUCAACGACUUGACUGCCCGUAUCGCCGUGCUAUACCCCUUCGCCGGCGAGCGUGUCAAGUGGCUCCUCCCCGAGGCUGACCAACCCGUCCUCGAAGAGGUCCGCGAGGUCCGCAAAGAAACCUCCAAGAAAGAACCGGCCAUACGUCGCCAGGAACUCGUCAAGGCCGCUUCCCCCACCCUACUCGAAUUCAUCGCUGCCCGCGCCUCUACCCUUCUUGAGACAACCUUCGGCUGCCAGUUCCUCUCCGAGGUGCUAUUCGAAGCUGACGGUGAUAAGACCGCCGCUCUCGAGGCCGUGGCCGAGGCCGCCAAGUCGCACACCGAAGCCCGCGAUACCGCCCACGCGGGACGUCUUCUCAAGUCUCUUGUGCAGGGCGGACGAUUCAACCCGGCCACCAAGUCCAUUGAGAAGGUCGAGCCUGCGUUGAACUUCCACAAUGUGCUGUACUCUCAGAUCAAGGAUGAGGUCAUGGACUGGGCGACGGGGGCUAACCCCUUCGUGAUUGUCGCGCUGACCGAGUCAGAGGACUUUGAGCAGAAGAGUGAGUUGCUCAAGACUUUGAAGAAGAACAAGAAGGCGCUGGAGCAGGCCUCGGCGUUGGUCGUGGAGAAGGAUGGAAAGGCGAAGCCUAGCCCGACUAGCAGUGGAGCGAAGUUGUUGCUGUCGAAGAUCUAG